GGAAAGUGAGACUGAGAGGAGAAGGGAAUACAGGAGACACACAGGAGAGAGAAGCAGAGGCGAGCGUGAUACAUGGAGACAGAGAGCAUCAUGUUAGGAUUUAGGAGUUUUCAUUGAAAAAACAGGCAGGAGAGAGGCUACACACAUUUCACACACAUACAAGUGCAUUUACAACCUAUACAUUUUAGCUCCGAAAAGGGACCCAAUCCUCUGCCUCCCUUGGGACUCCAGCGGUAGAGUGGGAGCGACAGAUUUUAUAGCUUACACACACGCACACACACACACUUUCUUUCUGUUUUGUCCUCACACACAUUCUGAAAAAAGCAUGUGCUUCAGAGUGGACCCGCAAUAGAGGGAUGCAACAUGAAGUCUCAGCAAAAGUGCAUCGUGAUCUUUGCCCUGGUUUGCUGCUUUGCCGUACUGUUGGCGUUGAUUUUCUCAGCUGUGGACGUUUGGGGCGAAGACGAAGAUGGGAUCACAGAGGAGAACUGUAGCAAGAACUGCAAGGCAGUGCUUGUUGAAAACAUCCCAGAUGACAUCUCCUUCUUAGACAAUUCUACAUCCUACCUCCCUCUCUCGACGGGUCUGUUCAGCCUACUGGACAAUGCCAUCCGUGCUGUAGAGAUAGUUUCCCCGCUGUGGCUCCUCAACUCCUCCGAUUAUGAAUCCAGCUUCCAGCCUGCUGCCAGACAGGGCAAAGCUCUGCUGUCCAGACUUCAGGGGCUGAAAGAUAAAGGGAUCCAGCUGAAGAUCUCCAGCGGAGUGUUCAACUCCUCUGAGCUCAACACACUCGCCAAAUACAAGGCUGAUAUCCACUAUGUGAACAUGACUGCACUGACCAAAGGCCACCUCCUCUCCUCUUUCUGGGUGGUUGACAGGAGACAUAUCUACAUCGGCAGCAGCAGUAUGGACUGGAGAUCUUUUGCCACGAGGAAGGAGCUUGGUGUGUUGGUGUACAACUGCAGCUGUUUGGCUCUGGACCUCCACAAAGUGUUCAGUCUCUACUGGGGGCUCCAGUACAGAGACUUCAUCCCCUCCUUCUGGUCUAAGCGUCUCUUUGCCCUCUUCAACAGGGACGAACCACUAGAGCUCACUCUCAACAGCACCAAAGCCCAAGCCUACGUCUCUAGCUCCCCAGAUGUUUUCAUCCCAAAAGAUCGCAGCAGUGAUCUUGAAGCCAUUUCCAGGGUCAUACAGGAGGCUCACAAUUUCAUAUAUAUUUCAAUCAUUGACUACAUGCCCCUCCUGAGCAGCAACGCUCACAGGUACUGGUCUCGUAUCGACAGCCUUAUCCGUGAGGCUCUGAUCCUGAGGAAGGUCCGGGUUCGUCUGCUGAUAAGUUGCUGGGAAAAGACGCAUCCACUUACUUUCAACUUCAUCUGGUCCCUGAGGAGUUUGUGCAUGGAGCAGGCCAACUGUUCACUUGAAGCUAAGUUCUUCAGCCCCAGGGUACAGAGGGACGGCAGCCUCCAGGGGAUAAACCACAACAGGUUUAUGGUCACAGAGCGGGCGAUUUAUUUAGGUAACCUUGACUGGGUGGGGAAUGAGUUUGCCUUUAAUGCAGGAGUCGGCCUGGUGAUCAGUCAGCCUGAGGGCGUCGAGGAGAGAAACUCUACGGUGGUGGAUCAGCUACGGGCUGCAUUUGAGAGGGACUGGUUUUCACGUUACACACGCUCACUGCAGGCCAAUAAGAUCCCCAUCUGCAACAAGCAUCAGAUCAACAGGCUGAUGCCAGUCAAAGCCAGUCACAUAGACAAUGUGCCAGUGCCUAUCAGAACAGGUCACCACGAUGAUGGACCUGCACCAAUGAGAAACAAUCACAAAGAUGACAGACAGAGGCCGGUUAAAACAAGGCACCAUGAGGACAGACUAACCAAAAUAAGUAGCCAAGACAUGGCCAAUGGACUGGUGCCAGUUAUUGAUACUUACCACGACAGGGGGCGGGGAAAAUUGAGUCACCUUGACAACAGACAAGUGCAAAGCAAAGAUAAUCACCAUGACACUCCAAUGUUUCCACCCAGUCAGUCAGCUGAGAGCAGUGGCAGCAGAGAAAUCUCUAAUGAAUCUCCGUGACUGUAACAAUAUGAACGUCGUAUGGAUUUGGAUAACAUAGAUGGAAGAACUCUGAAGGGAAAGUGAAGACUCCACUUCCUGGCAUUUCUGAUGGACUUUUUGAGAAGAAUACUGACUGAUAAGCUCUAAUUAUAACCUAAAACCUUGCUACUUAUUUAACUUUUUUUCUCUCCUUGAUGAGUGCUCUCAAGUAAAGGAAAGAGAAGAAAUCAUAUUAAUUGACCAGUUAUUGUAUGAAACUUGAGCUGUUCUGGCAGUCAUUAUUUAUCACCCUUUAAAAGGAGGCAGGUUUCGGGAGGAUAUGCAGCAUGUUUAGCUACACUAGCUACAUUUAGAUGUAGCAACUGUGACAUCACCUAUUUGUUCAUUGACUAAUGUUUGGAUAAAAAAGUUCAGCUUGAGUCACUAGGUGUGUUAGCAAUGUUAGCAAUGAGUAAGAAUUGAGAUGCUAAUGUUAUACAGCUAAAAACUGGUCUUUAAACACAAUUUACUUUCCACAAAAAUGAAAGAUGACUCCUCAGAGGAUAUUUUAGUAUAACUAAAAGAAAAGAAUACAAGAAUAACCUUCCUGCAUAAUUGUGGAUCACUUCCUGAACCUUAAACCAAUUAGAAACCCUUCACUAAUCAAAUAUCUUGUGUUUCUUUUAAAUUAUAAUCAAUGAAAAACAUUUUUUGACCUUCAUUGGCACUGGAGAAAAACAAGUGAAGAACACACUGAGACUGUUGUUACUUAAAACAUUCAAUUGAAAGUACAUUCCUGCUUGUACCUUUUGCCUUUAACAGUUUUAAGACCUGGUAAUUGUCCUUAUCUUACCCAUUACUUUUAAAAGAAAGCGAACACCAAACAAGAAGUUUUCUGGUCAAUAUGGUAGCAUCUUGUCAGUCAAAGUUACCAUACCAUUAAAUCAUGUCCUGCUUGUCAGUACUUUAGGGAAAUGAAUCAGGUGAGAGGGAGAGACAUUUUUUGACAAGCUUAAAUGCAAUCUCAUAUUUUUGCAACCUUUGGAAUCGCCCCCAUGUGGCCAUUACUGGGCAUUUCGCUUGAAGGCGCUUCCAUAUUGGCUCCACUUUUCGCAACCGGAGGCAAUGUCCACUUCUGCAUUCUACAUACAUAGAUACAGUCUUUCACAUAAUGGGCAAAAAAAUAGUGGUUUUAAACUUUAUAUUUUUGAAUCAACACUGAUAACUUCACCACUGAUUACUUCAGAUGUUCAUUUCAGACAAAACCAACGUAAAAUCUUAAGUUUAGUACACCAGGUCAAAUUAUAUUUCAUAAAAACAUACAACCUCAUAUUCAAGGGGCUCAUAUUCUAGGAUUGUAACACAGGUUUCACUAAAUGCUUAUUGAUUGCUUUUAUGCUAAUAACACACUAAAUGAUGAGCAUUGACUUGUCCUGUAAUAAAUAAGCAACCCCAUUCCUCAUUUUUGUGUGCCAACCACACAGUUUAGGAGUGGCGGCUCCACAUAUAUUGAUUAAGUCCUCCUAUUUUGUCUAAUAUCAAUACCUCAAAGAUUUAAACGCUGUACAGAUAGUGGUUACAUAAUCCUUGCCAUGAUGCAUCAUACAUCUCAACACGGAUGGUUGUAUAUUUUAUUUUACGGAGGACAUAAUUGGAUUAGUUGAUGCCACUAUUGUGCUCUGUUUAUUACAUAACACUUGUGUACUAUGGCCUGGAUUUUGAAUUAGUCACCAUUUACAAACGACAGCUUUCAUUAGUUUAAGUCAAAUGCAGAGAUUUUUCCCUUGAGGAAAAUGAGCUAUUGAUCCAAAUUGAACAAAUACUAAAGGAGCAUUUAGAAGAAGGGACCAGAGGGUCUUUGCUGUCAGACAAAUCAAUACAAUGAAUUUUUAACAGAGCUUGACAGUUGCAAUUGCUGCAGUUUAACCUCAAGGACAUGCUGGUCUCUGUAGCCAUGAGUGUGACUGAAUACAUUACCUACACCUUGUACAGCUAAAAAAAAUAUUUAGGUGUCAGCAAAGAAUAACUCAUAUACCCUUGUCUGAAAGCUUGAUCUGACUUUAGUUUGUAUUUUUGAAUGAUUGCAUGACAGUUAAAGACCUUUACCGAU